AUGGCCGCGCGAUCUGCUGACUUGCAGCGACAAGCCAUGAACAGGGGGGCACCAGCACCUGCCGACCUGACUUAUCAGAUGCUCUACUCUGCCCAAGUCGCCAGCGUGCCGACGGCUUUUGCUCAGUCUUACAUGAUACCUCAGAAGAACAGGAAGAAGAAGCGAACUGGAAAGAAGCAGCCUGUUGUUCGGGGUUACAACCCCCUCCUCAGCCCCCUCACCGAGAACACCCUGGGUGAGUUGUCAACCCCCGCCAGGACGGAGCUGGAGAAGGAGAUCUGUGCUAAGUACUCGAUCCCUUACAUUCCGUCGCCUCUGGCUGAUGCAGAUGAGGUCGAAGUUCUGGUCACCCAAGAGAAUGCGCGGCCCGGAGAUGUGGUGAAGAUUGCCAAGGAAUUCGCUCGACUUCCCUUCUUCAGAAAGUACUCAGGACGAACAGGUCUCUUGUUGCGAAGCUGCGAAGCUCCUGGAGGGAGCGGGUGGAUUGUGAACUUUGGGGAGCAUCUUGGAAAGCAGUUUUUCUGCACAGGAGGGGAAGGAAAGAUGAAUCACCUGGCGCAUUACAUCCCUUCCAGAAAAGAUUUCAUCGACGAGACCCUUACACGAAAGUUCCUCGACGAGUCUUUCAAGGCAACGCAGGAGCAGAGCAGGAAAGAGAGUGCGGAUCACAGGUCGGCGGUCAAGAGGGAGGAAGCAAAGUCUUCGACGGUGUUGCGCGAGAAAACGCAGGACGGAGUUAACGGCCAUCAUAGCAAGUCGAAGCGACAUGUCGAUCAGCUGGAGGCCCCUGGUAGUGAGAGGGACGACGAGCCUGCGCUCGAGUCUGCCCAGAAGAUGUCCAAGAAUACGCAGGAUGUUGUAGCUGAGAGUCAGCUGGAAGACAGGAAGAAAAGCUUUUGGAUCCCAGAGCUGCAGUCCUUGUACUCUGACAUCGACGCUCGAGGUCGAGACAAGGCUCACCAGCCUUGUGCUUCCAUUGCCGCCAAGAACGAGACUCAAGAAGCGGGAAACAGCAGUGCCAGUCAGGGGGAGAAGAAGAAGCAAUCGACGAAUGUUCUCGGAGCAUCCGAAUGCAACAAGAUUGGUAGCGACAACAGCGCGCAAGGGAAUGUUGAAGGACGCCAGCAAGAGCUGGGAAAGGAGGGCGGCAGCGAGAGAAAGUUGAAGCUGCACAACCCCCUCGAUCUCCUCAAGGCUCUUCCUCGUCCUCUCACUCUUCUCCUCAUCAUCAUCUUGAUCCUCAUCUUCUGA